AUGCCUCGUUCGAGUAGUGCACGUGGUGAUGUCGAGCGCGUUGAUGCGGAAAUAUUAGAGGAAAUAAUAAAAAAAACUUUCGGUGAAGCGAAGGAAACGCUGUUUGACGAAAUUCCUAAUCAUGUCGAGUCAGUCAUCAAUGCUAAUGCGGAAACGGUAUUAAUUAAUAAUAGAACUGAAUCGGUAGCUAGUCAAGUUACAAAUUCGCCUACCGCGAGUCUGCUGUCUCAGGUUAGCAAUACGGUUAGCAGUCCGUCCGAAGCUAGUAUUUACAGAAUACCAACUGUUCAAUUACCUCGAUUUGACGGGCAAAAUGUGGAAUGGCCGAGAUUCACGGACACGGUUCAGGCAGUGAUAGGAAAAAAUCCCGUACUUCGGGAUAUACAAAAGUUUGCAUAUUUAAAAUCAUGCUUAUCGAAACCAACCGUGGAGAAAAUAAAAUUUCCGGAAAUUAUCGCGGGUUGUUAUCCGACUGCGUGA